AUGAAAUUUCUUAUUGUUAAUGGUUAUCAUGCUUCUCGGAACAACUUUAAGUAAAUCGAAUAAUUCAAGUAGUUAAUAUGGGAUGUACAAAUAUAAUUUAGUUAGAUUACAUAAUAAUUAAAAGAAGUUGCGGAUGUUGAAUUCGAUUUUGCAAUUGCUGAUAGGCAUUCAGUAUAAGAAUAUCUCUUUGAACCUGAAACAUCUCUAGUUCGACCAGAACAUGGAUUGAAAUUCGAUGCUCUCGACAUGAUCUUCAUAGCCGCAUCACCAAAUGUUCGUCCAUGGCAUAAUAGAAUGAGGAGUAUAAUCACGCUUAUUCGAAUGUGUUUAAAAACAAAAAAACUAUUAUUUAUGACUUCUUUUGGUGCUUAAGCGCUCGCAUAUUUAUGUGCCACAAACAUUUAAAAUUAUAUAAAUAUAACUAAUGGAUAUGGUGAGGGAUGUAAGCUCGUAGAUUUUCCAAAAUAUACGAAUUAAGCAUUAAAAAACGGGUCUGAUGAUUUCUUUUUGGAUUCUACAACUGGUGAUAUCUAUUUCUACAGCAAGUAAACCGAUGAAUGGAUACCUAAAGCCAAUGUAGGAAUUCAUCAUCGAAGAGAUGCUAUGGAAUAUUAAUCCAUUGGAAAAUUUGUUGUUAAAUCUCCAACCUACAAACCUAAAUAAUAGAUGCUUAGUAACUAAACUGAAAUGACAUGCAUUAUCAAAAAGUAGUUCUUAAAUUAUUGGUUGUUUAAAGAUGUCUAAAUGGAAUUCUCAAUUAAAUAAUCUAAUGCUUGGGAUAUACACACAAUUACAUUCGUUAACCCGGAAAAAAGAUUUUCGGUUUUAGCAGAAAAUAAUUUUAGAGGACCUCUAAUUCUAUAAUGUGACAAUAUUUUAGCCUUGCUUUUUGAAAUCGAAAGUAAAUCUAGAGAUCAAUUCAAUAUCAUUCAAAAUUUUAUCGAAAACGGAAUUAAAACCAUAAGAUAUUCAAAUCAUUAUAAUCAAAUAAGCAUUACCUAUGAAAAAUAUUUUAACAAUUAAAAAGGCAUCAAAAAUAUAGAAAUUGUAUUUGACAAAACUCUGAAAAAAACAAAUAAAUUAGAUGAUUCCAUCAAACCUAAAGGUAUGGAGUAUAGAAAACUUAUCAAUGCACAAAUUUAAGAAUAAGAAAGGGAGAAAAUACAUUCUAUUUAAGCAGGACUUACCAGUAGAAAUAAUAAAUAGUCAGAUGUUGUGUCUCACAAUAAUAUUAUGUAAAAGAAUUAUAAAGUGAAAAGAAGAAAAUCCUUUUCCUUAAAGUAAUAACAACUUAUGAUGCUUUCUUAAUAAGUUCAGAAUCAUGAGUUUCUAAAAUAAAAUCCUAAUCUUGAUAAUUUCUUGUCCGAUUAAUAAUAACCCAAAAGCAGUAGGCAUCUCAAAAUCAAUACAGAACCAAAACCUUAACCUAGACUCAAACAGGAAGAUGAUUUUGACUAUGACCAGAGAGCACAUAAAACCCAAUUUAAUUAAGUUUAAGUUCGGAAAUUAUUACACCCCUCUUUAGAUGAAUAAUUCUUAGGAUAGAAAAGAUUUUGGAUUCCAGGAUUCUUGAAUUACAAAUACACAGAUAUCUAAUCUGGUCUUCCUUCUACAAGAAAAGGUAGUCGACCUUUGACUGAUCGCUUUUGA